UCCUCCGAUCUACCGGCUUUCUGACGUGUUCUGCUUCGUGGGCAUGGCAGCCUUCGCGGCCUUGCUGCUGCUGUGCGCGCAUGCCCAGCUGCAGGAUGCCGUGCGGAGAAACGAUGCAGCCACGGUGAGGCAAUGGCUGGAAAGCCAAGGUGUGGAGGACGAGGGCGGCUACUCCUAUGAUGCCUCGGAUGGUUGGGGCCGUAGCCCAUUACAUGAAGCAGUGGAGCUCGGGCACCUAAAAGUGGUGGAGGCAAUUUUAUCCUGGAAUGGCUCCGCACAGUUGGUGUCCGCCCCGGAUGAACUGGGCUGGACUCCACUGCAUUGGGCUGCACUCAAAGGAUCUCGGGAGAUUGCCAAGAGUUUGAUCGAGGCCAAGGCUUCGGUCAACGCCAGGGAGAAUGAAUUUCACUGCGAGCCAUUGCAGUGGGCUGCCCGCCGAGGCCACGUGGAGCUUUUACGGCUCUUGCUCUCGGCCGGCGCCAAUGCCUCCUAUCAGGACUUGGAGAACCGCACUGCUGCCGAUUGGGCCCAGCUCACAGGGCAGCAGUUGGCCUUUGGUUUCCUCCUAGGCAUCCAUCCCACGUCGUUGGAUGAGACACAGGAGGAGGCUUACAACAUGAGCCGCUUGCAUGCCGCAGUGGCCAAGAAUAACCUCACAGAGAUCCGUCGACUGCUAGAGAGCAACGAAUCUGAGAAGCUUUUGGAAGACUUGGACGCUUGGGGAAGAACGCCUCUGAUCGCUUCGCUCCAAUUUCCUUGUCGCCAUGGCUCUGCUGCAGCGGAGUUGCUUCUGGAGGUCAUCAGUAACAAUAGCGAGACCACCCCGUGGAGCACGAAAACCGGCAUGACGCGACGGUCCUUGGGUCCUGACCAGGACGGCCGUGACCCCCUUCAUUGGGCAGCGCUGGCAGGGUAUCAUGAACUGGUGCAGAUCUGCUUGAAGCUCAUCGAGAACCGCGAGCCCGACCGGUGGGGGCGGCACUUGAUCCACCAUGCCGCUGUAAAUGGCCAUGUGGAAGUGCUCGAUCUCCUCUUGGACACGAAGGUGGCCGAGGUCGACAGCUCCGCCGUGUUCUCUCAAGAGACGGCUCUCCACCUAGCAGCGAAGGCUGGACACCAAGAUGUGGUGACAAAGCUUUUGUUGCGUGGGGCACCGUUGGAUGCAGAAGAUCGUUUGCUCAGACAGCCCUUGCACUACGCCAUCCUGUUGGGGCAUACGGAGAUCUCCAAUGCACUCCUCAAGGCUGGGGCUGAUGGAAUGGAGAAGGACAUGGAUGGCUUCAGCCCUUUGUCCUUCGCGUCAGCGGCCUUGGGUUCCGGUGACCAUAAUCAUGACUAUCACGACUUUCCUACUCGUAGCUGAUUGCUCCAAAGGCUGCAGUCGAGUUGCAAGCUUCAAUUCGCAAAGCGCCCUGCUCGCGGCCCUGGGUGGCAUUGCAAAAC